GAACUGAUUAAUGAUAUGGCGAGGACCCAGAUUGUAGAUUCACCUGAAGAUCCAGUCGAAGAAGCACCGAAGGUGUUACCUGAUAUGAUGUUCGCCGACGGGGAAGAACCAGUAGAAGUUAGGGUUCUAACUUACCAGUCCUCACGCGCCAUCAACACCAUUCUCAAUGCUUUAGAAGAAGACGAGAUUCAGUUUAUACGACAAUCAACGUUUGGCAAACUCGUCGACAUCGCCGACAAACCGGGAUUUUCCGGGAGUUCUGCCCGAUUUCUUCUAUCGCGACAACUGAAGGUUGACAAAAAGCACGAGGCUUGGUUCAGAUUUGCCGGGAAGCCAAUACGAUUUUCGCUCCGAGAUUUUACUAUAGUGACCGGUCUUCCUUGUGGCGAGUACCCGAAAAAAAAGAAGUUGAAAAAGAAGAGAAAGAUGAGCGACAAACCUUACUGGCCGGAGCUAUUUGGAAGUGUCGAGGAGAUGAGUGUUUCGAGGGCGAUAAAGAUGCUUCGGAAAAAACCGUUGCAGAUAAAGAAAUCCGGAAGAAACUUGCAUGUCUUGCGAUUGUAUCCUCCGUUUUGUUAUCCACAAAUCUGAAGAUGAAGAUGUUGAAGGAACACGCGGAUGUUUUAGAGGAUCUGGACGAGUUCUUUGCUUUCCCGUGGGGUCACCUAGCUUUUGAUAUGCUGAUGAGUAGUAUCAUGUUCUUCCUCCGAGUCAGACAGUGACGAAGAUGAGGGUGAUGCAGGUGGAAGGAAAACAAUGAAGAAGACGUUGAAUCCUGCACAUGCUCGUGAAGUAGAU